UAAUCCAUACGACAAAACGUGACAACAAAACAGUAUAAUAAUAAAUAAUAAUAUGUUCAUGAACAUAACGACAAUACGACCAUAGCGGCAUAGCCUGCUGAUACAACUCAUCAAUUAUUAAUAACAAUAUUGGUUUGUUGUUGAUGAGUGACGAAGUUUAGUUCUAAAAGUUUUAAAUUAAAAUUGUAUUUAAUGAGCGUUAUUUUCUCUUAUUAUAGUUUUAGUUUAAGUUUUGAUACUAAUUAAAUAAUUCGAAGCUGUAAUCAUGUUGGCGAUAUUCAAUUUACAAAGUCUUUUGACAAUUUUAUUGUUGUCUAUUUGUACAUGCACUUAUUUACGACAGUUAUUACCAAGUAUCAUCGAUAGGAAUAAAGUUGGACCAUUGGGAACAUUUUGGAAGUUAGCAAGAAUUGGAGAACGGAAAAGUCCAUACGUAUCAUUUUGUUGUAUUGCGAUGGCUUUCAGUAUUUUAUUUUGGACAUGAUAGUUAUAUUUUUAAUUAAAAAAUAAACAUGUAAUUUUUCGGCAUUAAAAUUGGUUUGAAUUCAAAUCUCAAUAUUCUAUAUCAUACUCAAUUAAUUUGUUAUUGAUAAAAAUAUUAAAUACAUUUUCUAGAUGUUUUUAAUAUUGUAUCCAGUUAAAUUAUUUCAAAUAAUAAAAUAAUAAUUUCAAAUACUUAUUCAUAAAGAUAGGUAUUUUGUUCUUUUAUGAUAACAAAACUGUCUAUAUUUUCUCUGUGACAAUAAAAAUAAAAAAUAAAUUACAUUUACCUAUUGA